GCGUCGACAGUACCCUCACUGCUGUUACUGCUGCUUCUGCUCCUGCUCCUGCUGCUGCGUAGGCAACAAACUACGAACGGCACUUCACUCAGAGAGCUCGGAGGCGUCUCUUACAUAAACAGAAGACUCAAUAUAACACGGGGAAAAUGCACUCAGUCACGCUUGACCGCAGUGGUUCUCCAAAGAAGCGGACGUUUUCUCGGGGACUGAGCGAGGACGAGUCUCUCCGAAGCAUCAUAAAAGAGACUGAGAGUUCAUCCAGGCGCCUGACACGAAGCGACAGCCGAGCAGGCACCCUGAAGAGGAGGAGCGACAGUCAGCAGUCUGACCAGGAUCUCUUCAUGGGCAUGCCAGAAAUGGUGGAGCUGCAGGCCAGCUAUGACGAGGUGGUGCAGGAGCUGCGUGGGCUGGAGGUUGAGCGAGAGGCUCUGUUGUUCCAGGUGGACGUCCUGCAGGACACGCUGGAGGGCGUAGAGGAGCUGCUGGCUGAGGCCCAGAGGGAAGCUGGACAGGCUAGUUCGGAGUUGGAACGAGAGAGAGAGGCCAAGAGGAAGCUGGAGAGCAUGGUCUGCUCUCUGAUGCAAGAGGUGGAGAGAUUAAAAGAGGAAGGGAAUAAACCCUCUAUUCCUGUGAACAUUCAUGGAAGUGAAGAAGAGGCAACGAGACAAGGACAACUCAUGAAAAACGAUGCCAAAGAGCAGAUUCAAGCUGCACCCAGAGAAGAAAAAGACUCCUCCCUGUGUGAACCUCAAAGGGAAAGCAGAGGUAGAGCAUCUGAGGAGGUGGAUCAGGGUAAAAGGGCUGUGGCUAAAGGAAUCAUCCUGACGAAGCCGCAGAGGAUGGUCAAUAAGCCCCUGGGCCAGAUACCCUCUCUUGCGCUGGACAACCCGCUCUCUGAAGAGGGUGUCCUUUGGAGGCCUUACAAUGACAGCUUUGAUGACGGGAGAGAUCCUUCACCAGACAAGAACGACUCAGACAACCUAAGUGCCUACGAGGAUGCAUCUGCUGAGACUCCAGAGCAGGACAGGAUCUUUGCAGGGGAUGGAGACACUUUGGAGCUGCCUGAUGAUUCAGAGAAUAGAGAGAAAAGUCCAACCAACAACUAUCAGGUCAACGACAGCGAGACCCAAGAAGCCAAAAACCCUGAUACAUGCAUUGUGUCUUAAAUUCAUCUAUUUGUAUCUACUACCUGGGGAAAGGACAAAGCUUAUUGUUGAUCAUUUGGUGAAAAUAAAGAGCUCAAAUCUGAUCUUUAUGUUCUUAGAAAACUUUGAGGCUAUCAACAAUGCCCAGAGUUGCUGUAAUUAGAGCUUCAACGAUAAAUGAAUUAGUUGACUGAAGGAAAACAACAUGCAACUAUUUUGAUAAUUGAUUUAUUGUUUCAGUCAUUCUUCAAGCCAAAAUGCCAAACAGACCAAAUGUGAGAAUUUGCUUUUUGAAUUUUUCAGAUAUGAUAGUCAAAGAAAUAUCUUUGGAAUUUUAAUGACUGGUUGGACUAAAAGGCGAUUUGAAGACAUCACUUUGGGCUCUGGGAAAUUGUGAUGGUAAUUUUCAUUAUUUCUGGACAUUUUAUAGACGGAAUUACCAAAUUGAUUAUUAAAGAAAAUAAUCUACAGAUUAACUGAUAAUGAAAAUAGUUUUUAGUUGCAGCCUUAGAUGUAAUAGACUGUAGUAGAAAUGUAAGAUUCAGUUUUAAAUUCACGACAAAGGAACUCAGGAUCCAGGUGGUUUACUAGCUGAAAUUCCACAUAUGACUACUUUAUAUUAUUUGCCAAUUAUUUCUUAUUAACGUCUGUUUUAACUUGUUUUUUUGUUUUUUUUAAAUCUUUGGAUAGACAUGGAAAUUACUCCGUGCUGCCUUGACCAUUUAUCUCUUUGUAAUAUUUUAAGAAAAGUCAUUUGUACAACUACAGCUGCCAAGACACAAAUAAGGAUUUACUUGUAUACAAAAUACAGGGAGCUCUUAAAGUAUUUGGACAGGGGCUGUUGCUGUUAUGGCUCAAUCUGCUGCUAUGGAAUUUAGAGAGGCAGUCUGAACAUUUUGGACAUUAACUGCUUGUCACAGCUAAAUUUCUUCUAAAAAUGGGUCACAUACAAUAAAAAUAACUUAAAAUUUAAAGUUUAAGUUAAAAUUAUCUGUAGGUUACGAUAUUUGGUUUGACUGUCCUCAGUUGUAGAGCUCGCUGUAAAGAAGGUUUACGUCAUGUUUGACAUUGGUCUGACAGCUAAAAUCAGAUACUGAUAAUCAAAGGCAGUUUUCAAUAAGGUUACAAGAUAGGGAUUUUUGUAAGUAAUGCUAAUGCCUUCUAUUUACUGCCUUGAUUCCACAGGAACAUUUAUUUUUUUUAUUUUGUAUACUGUCCCUUUUUCCUGUUUUUAUUUUGAAAAUUUAGGGAAACAGACUUUGCUGCAUUUGCACUUUUUAAAGUUCUUGUACUGUGGCAUAAAUCUGUCAGAUUACAUUAGAAACAACAUUCCCUUGACAACCAAACACGUCAGCGAGUAAUAAACAGCUGACCUGCCACAGGCCGUAUUCUCUCUGCCUGCAUGGCAAUACUGUAUGUUUGCACAUUUGCAAUGAAACUUGCUGAAAUUAGUCUCAUUGGAUGUCUUUGAUUGCUGUACACACCGUAUUUAAUCGCAAUUUUUCGUGUUUGUUUUUUUACAAUGUUUUCUUUUUUUAAAGCUUUAGGCAAGAGUAGACCCUUUAAUGUCAACUGUGAUAGUUUGCAUGAGCAAAUGUAUAUUGUUUUCCAAACUGCACAUGAAUUGUCAUAUAAUAGUACUUUUGCACGCAGUACUUUCAAACACAUAUAUUAAAUUAACACUUAGAUCUAAGUUGUUUACUGCGAAAAUUGGUGUUUUAAAGGGAUUUUCAAUUUUAAUUUCGUUUGCAAAAAAUUCUUCAUUCUGUCUUUCCCCAGUUUUUAAGGUGGACCUUUUGUCAAAAUUAAGAAAUAAUUUCAGUUUUGAGGUAACAUGUCACAGGACACUGAAAUCGUUUAAACGAAAAUCCCAAUUUUGAUAACUGAUUCUGCCAAACGGUUGAUAAAAGUGUAAUAAUAUAAAUACGUGUAUGGAAAUCUGAAAAUAGGUAGAACGUUUGCAAUUGCUGCAUUUAGCUACAUAUCUUGUUGCAGGUUUAGGCAGCAUAUAAAUGUCUGUAUAUUGAAUUGUUUGUCUUUUGCAUUACUUGUAUCACAUAUUCCUGUUUCAAAACAAUGCUGGUUCACAUGCUAAUACUUGAUUCUCUGUUGUGUUGACUGCCAUGGGUCACAGACUAUUAGAGACACAAACAGCUCAGAUGAUUUGACUUGAUGAGUGGUUACUGUUACUGUAAUGGUCACGGGCUGCGGUGAUUAUGUUAUCAUCAACAAUUCAUUUUCUGUCAGAUCAAAGGGUUUGGAUUUUUUUUUUAUAAAAUACAGAAAGGUUAUGUCACUGACAUCAGACUAGUCAAUCAUCAUUUUUUAAACAUCCAUCAUUUCACAAUAUCAAGGGAAACUGCUUCUCUGAUACUGGCGCUGUUAUGUAGAGCAGAGAUCAGUGAGUUUUUUGAUAUUCUAUCAAGUAGUCAAAUUGUUUUGUAUUUUACUUUCAGACAACAAUGCAAAAAAUAUGUUCUUAUUGUAAUUCAAUGGGUUUUAUGGGUCUCAAUAUUUUUGACUUGUCCUGAGCUUUGAAUUGAAUGUUCAGAUGUAACAGUAAAUGACAGAAAUUUAUACUUGUACCUGAUAUAACAUUCCAGACAUAUCAAAAUAAAAGAGUGAAAUAAAAGAGAGUUAAUAAUGCUGUUGUUGGUUAGUGAUGUGUGUUGACUUGUAUUUAAAAUAUUCAUGAUCAUACCGAAAUAAAG